AUGCGCUCCCUGUGGAGAGAAAUCCUCCUGGAGACCCUCCUAGGGUAUGUUUCUUGGUCUCUCUGCCAUGGCCUAGCCCCGAUGAUUUAUUAUUUUCCUCUGCAAACACUAGAACUUACUGGGCUUGAAGGUUUCGGCAUAGCAUUUCUUUCUCCAAUACUCCUAACAAUUAAUCCUUUCUGGAAAUUGGUUAACAAGAAGUGGAUGUUAACCCUACUGCGGAUAAUUACUGUUGGCAGCGUAGCCUCCUUCCAGGCUCCAAAUGCCAAACUUCGGCUGGUGGUCCUCGCGCUUGGUGUGUCUUCAUCGCUGAUAGUGCAAGCUGUGACAUGGUGGACAGGAAGUGGUUUGCAAAGGUACCUCAGAACCUGGGGAUUCCUCUUAGGGCAGAUUCUUCUUGUUGUUCUCCGCAUAUGGUAUACUUCACUAAACCCGAUCUGGAGUUGCCAGAUGUCCAACAGAAUGAUACUGACAUUAAGUACCAUUGCCACCCUUGAUCGCAUUUCCACAGGUGCAGUUCUGCUGAGUUUGGUGAGUGGAUUGAUGCUUUCAACUUGUUCAUGGUUUCCGGGUACCAGUUUAAUCUGGUGGGUUACAGGAGCAGCUUCAGCUGUGGGUCUCCUUUACCUGCCUACAUGGGCAGCCGCUGUUUCUGGCUGUAUACUCGCCCUCUUCACAGCUUCCAUGUGGCCUUUAGUGCUGGGACACCUUAUUAGCUCAGGGUCAAGUCCUGGGAAGACCAUGACCACUGCCAUGAUAUUUUAUCUUCUAGAUACAUUUUUCUGUGCAUGGUGCACAGCUUUUAAAUUUGUCCCAGGAGGUGUCUACGCUAGAGAAAGAUCUGAUGUGCUUUUGGGGACAGUGAUGCUAAUUAUUGGGUUGAAUAUGCUAUUUGGUCCUAAGAAAAGCCUUGAGUUUCUUCUUCAAACAAAAAACAGUCCAAAAGUGCUUUUCAGAAAGAGUGAAAAAUACAUGAAACUUUUUUUGUGGCUGCUUGUUGGUGUGGGGUUAUUAGGAUUAGGACUACGACAUAAAGCCUAUGAGAAGAAAUUGGGCAAAAAGGCACCAGCCAUAGAGGUCUCUGCCGCCAUCUGGCCUCUCAGGUUUGGGUACGACAAUGAAGGAUGGUCUAGUCUAGAAAGAUCAGCUCAACUGCUCAGGCAAACAGGAGCAGAUUUCAUAACAAUUUUGGAGAGCGAUGCUUCUAAGCCUUUUAUUGGGAACAAUGACUUAACCAUGUGGUUAGGGGAGAAGUUGGGUUUCUAUACCGACUUUGGUCCAAGUACAAGGGAUCACACUUGGGGGAUUAUGGUUUUGUCAAGAUACCCUAUUGUGAGAUCAAAGCAUCACCUUCUUCCGUCACCAGAGGGCGAGAUUGCACCAGCCAUAACACUGACUGUUAACAUCUCUGACAAACUCGUGGAUUUUGUUGUGACACACUUUGGGAAUCAUGAAGAUGACCUCGACAGGAAACUUCAGGCUAUCACUGUUUCAAAACUACUGAAAAGUAGCUCUAAUCAAGUGAUAUUUCUGGGAUAUAUCACUUCGGCACCUGGUUCCAGAGAUUAUCGACAACUCAUUGAACAUGGCAAUGUGAAGGAUAUUGACAGCACAGAUCAAGACAGAUGGUGUGAAUACAUUAUGUAUCGAGGGCUGAUCAGAUUAGGUUAUGCAAGAAUCUCCCAUGCUGAACUGAGUGACUCUGAAAUUCAAAUAGCCAAAUUUAGGAUCCCUGAUGACCCCAUUAAUUAUAGAGACAAUCAGAAGAUAGUCAUAGACCACAGGGAAGUUCCUGAGAAAAUUCAUUUCAGUCCCAGAUUUGGAUCCUACAAAGAAGGACACAAUUAUGAGAACAACCAUCACUUUCAUAUGAGUACUCCCAAAUACUUUUUAUAAACGAUUUAAAACAAGAAUUCAUUGAGCAAGUCUAAGGAAAACAAAAGUAUACAAG